AACGUGUCGAAGCUCCUCGAGCAUAACGAGCAAACAGCCUUCCUUCCCCAGUCACCCCAAGAGCGAAGCCACACCCCUGUCCUGGGAAUGCGGGAAAUGCAUGGAGGCGAUGAGUUGUGUGUAGAUGGGCCGUCUUGGUCACCGUGAGUCAGCGAGCGAAGAUAUAUACGCAUAGGUACGUCGUCGACGCCAUCGCCAUCAUCGUCGCCAUCGUCGCCAUCGUCGCCAUCGUCGCCAUCGUCGUCAUCUAUCGUAGUCAAACCUCCGCGCAUCCUAGCAGAGCGCCGCAGCCGAAGGUCUCCUCCACUCGCGGGGAUCGCCUCUUGAUCAGCGUCCCCGCCGCUUCACGCCUUCCGUCCUGUCUCUCCCCCAUUCGUUUCGUCGUUUCGCCUCCUCCCGACUCGUUCUUUAAUGAACCGCCAGCAGAGUGACCGUAAGAGCCCACAAGCCUCGCUUUCCUUCCCCCCAACUCCCUCCUCCGCACACCUCUCUUUCCCCACAUUCUCUCCUCCCACCUCUCUCCAUCCCUCUCCACCUCUCUCGUCCUCGGUCUCCUUCUCCCCCCGCCUCUCCCGUCGUUAGAUGGCUCUUGUCGAAACCUCGCGACUCGCGCCGCAGUCAAACCCUAGUACGCCCGCACCCUGCCGGCACAACCCUUCCGCCACUCUCCCCAACACUUUCCGCGAGCCUCCGCGCGCGGAAGCCGCAGCAGAUACGCCGGCAGCCACAGCUGCCUCCGCCACUUCCGCCGCCGCCGCCGCCGCCGGAGCUUCGCCUCUAGCAAUGACGUCGUCGCUGCCAGCAGGCAGCGGCAGGGAUCGCACGCCGUCGCCUUUUCGCCCGGCGGCGUCGUACGACCAGGGUCCAGGGCAGCCGGCGACGGGGAGCCACAACCUCGGAAGCGACGCCGCGAUUGCCGCCGCGAGUCACGGGCACCAGCCCACGUGCGUCCCGCCUAUGCACUUCGCCAUACGCGCGUCCGCGUCGGCGCCGCAUCCGCAUGCUACGUCACACCCGCCGGGUCCUAACGAGAGCUCCGCCGCGGGGAAAGGCGACCAUUCCAGCCCCGAGAAACGUCGCGGCUCGAUGUCGGGCCGCCCGCGAACUAUAUCGCCACUCUGGUACCCCCACGCGGCCUCUAGUAACUUGGCAGCCGCUGGCGUUGCGGCCGACGCGGCAUCAGAUGCGGCGUCGAAGCGGCGAGCCAGCAUCAGCCUGUCCCCGUCCCUCAUCACACCGUCUCCCCCCAUUGGCGCGUCUCCCGCGCGGUCCUCAUCCGCGCGAGCGCUGUGGCACCGGCACAACCACGCGCAGGGGAGCGCAAGCGCUGCAGCAACAGCGCAGGGGCGCGCAGGGGCGGAAGCCGCGGGCGACAGGAAACCGAGCAUCGACCCCGCCAAGAGUCCCGCGGAGUCCCCACUCCCCUCCCCUUCCCCUUCUUCCCCCUCCGUCUGCGCCCGCCGCUUCCUCCGCAUGCUUUCCUCGCGAGCGGGAGCCAUCUCUCUCCUCUCCCCUUCCGCCACCUCCGCCUCCCCUACCCGCGCGCAUUGCGCCGACCCGGCCGCCCCCGGCAACAGCGCUGCUGCUGACAUCAGCAGUCGCAGCAACAGCACGCCGCGGGAAGGGUGGGGAAGGUUAGAGGCGGUAGGGAGCUUCCGCAGAGGGUCUAGGGGCAGCGCGCGGAGGAGCGCGGAGGAAGGCGGAACAUGCGGGGGCACAUCAGGCGGAGAGGGUCAGAGCGGCGGAGGAUGGAUGGGCGGCGGGGGGGCGGGGACGGGGGCGGGGGGAUUGCUGUCGCCGUUGCCGAAGGGGCGGUCGCGCAGUCCCCUGUCGGUGGUUCAUUUUUAUCACCACUCUCGCGAUAGUCACAUUCACGGCCAGGAGGGCGGUGUGGCGUCGCACUCGUAUCAUAACGCACUCCUUAGCCCUCGCGAUGCGAGCAGCGCCGCCGCCAAACGCGGCAUCGUCAGCCCCAGCACCAGCAGCGGUCAAGCCGCCAGCAGCAGCGGCGGCGGCGGCGGCGGUAGCGCGGGGGUCAACAGGGGGGCGCGAAUUCCCGCGAGGGGGAGCAUGGUGAGCAAAUCGUCCCCCCUCUCCCCCCCGCCGUCCGCCUCCGCGCCGUCCUUCUCCCUCGCGCGCCUCAUGGCGCGGUCCAUCUCCAACAUCGAGCGCCGCUCCACGUCACUCAACGACGCUGCUGACGCGGCGCUCGCGGCGGCGUCCGCCGCGGGGAUCGUGGUUCCGGGGCCGCCGGGGGGGCGGAAAAGCGGGAGGGGGGGAGGGGGGGGAGCGGGGAGAGCAGGGGGGGCAGAUGCAGAAGGUGUAAUGAGAGGGUGGGGAUCAGAAGGCACGGACGGGAGCACGAGCACCAGCAGCAACGGCAACAGCAGCAACAGCAGCAGUGGCGGUGGCGGUGGCGGUGGCGGUGGUGGUGGUGGUGGUGGUGGCAGUGGCUUCAGUCGGCUACUGAGCGCCAAGAACCGGCUGAAAAGCCUCGUUAUUGGACCCUCCGUUACCAGCACCAGCAAGGACCCAGCCUCGUCCGCUACUAAUUCCGCGGAACACCCCCAAACGCAUCACGUUCCCGCAUCCUCCUCCUCCUCCUCCUCCUCUUCCUCCUCCACCUACCCGCUCGCCUCCCCCUCCGCUCUCCCCGCAGCAGCAGCAGCGGCGCCGUCCUCCAUGGCACUAUCCGCCACGUCAGUGUCGCCACGCGUGAUGUGCGGGCCAAUCAACGGCGACAAAGCCAAGGCUUCCUUCCUCCGCCCCUCCACCCCGGACCUCCCCAUCCCCUCUCUCCUCCUACUAGACCCCACCCUAGCCUGCUCCGUCCUUUCCCGAUCCCCCGACCCUCUCCUGCUCCUAGACCAACACUCCGCCAGCAUAGUUGCUGCCAGUGCAGGCGUUAUCGCCGGUCUAGGUUUCGAGUCUCCUAAAGACCUAAUUGGUCGGUGUUUCUACGACCUGUUGGACUAUAUCAAGCAUUCGGAGUGGGACAAGGCGGCGGCCGCAGCAGCCGCCACAGGCACGUCCUCAGGCGCGGUUUCGUUAAGAGUGAGGUUUAUAAAGAGUGACAGGAAGGGCGCUUUAGUGGGGCAGAGGGUCCAGGUGGAGCUACAGCUCCCCCCGCCGGCCGCCACCGCUGCUACAGCCGCUACAGCCGCGGCUGCUGCUGCGGCCAGCGUGGCGUCGCCAGCAGCGGCGGCGGCUGCUGCUACAGCCGCGGCUGCGGCGUCGCAGCCCCCUGUGCUGGUGUCCCUGACGCCUGUAGCGGUGAUUGAGGCGAGCCUGUCUGCUGCGUCGUCCUCCAUGGCGCCUACUCCCCACUCCGUGACUUCGGAAUGUGAACGGUUCGGGGAUGCACCAGCAGCAGCAGGGGCAGCAGCAGCAGCAGGAGGGGUGGAUGCACUGUGUUGGGAGGGGUCUGCUGCUGAUUCUGCUGCUGCUGUUCCUGCUGCUGCUACCGGGGAUUCCAAGGCCAGUGUUGCUGAUGUGUCUCACUGUGAUUGGUCGCUGGAAGUGGACCGGAGGGGAGCCAAGGCACUAGAAGAGCUCUGGGGGAGGGGCAGGCCGAGCCAGCAGGCUCGGCGGGGCAUUGGAGGCUCGGCAGGAAGAGCAGGAGCAGGAUUAGGUGGUGGCUCUGGUGAGGAUUCCCGUGGUGCUGCUUCUGCUGCUUCUGCUGCUUCUGCUUCUGUUGCUGGUGCUGUUUCUGCUUCUGAUGGUGAUGCGGGCGAUGGUGAUGGUGGUGAUGUGGCGGAUGAGCGGGGGCUGGGCGCAGGGGGAUUCCGAUUCUCCAUGCGGCUGCGGAUGAACGUGGAGGAUGACUGGGGGGACGACGAGAAGGACGAGGAGGAGGAUGAGGAGGAGGAGGAGGACGAGGAGGAGGAGGACGAGGAGGAGGACGAGGAGGAGGAGGAGGAGGAGGAGGAGGAGGAGGAGGAGGAGGAGGAGGAGGAGGACGAGGAGGAGGAGGAGGAGGAGGAGGAGGAGGAGGAGGAGGAAGAGGAGGAGGAGGAGGAGGAGGGUGGAAGAGAGGAGGCGGGAAGAGGCUACAAGGGUGGGUUGGGAAGAAGGAGCAGUUACUCGAAUGAUGCGGAUGAUCUGAUCAUGGGUGACGAUUCUGACGGGGAGUGGGGGGGCGCGGAGGGGAGGGGGAAUGAGGGGAGGGGGGAUGAGCGGAGAGAGGCAAUGAUAUGGCAUGGGGGAGCGGAUGGCAUGCCGUCCUUCCGGCUCCAGGCGAUGGACGAUUUUCAGCCAGAGGGGUUCACGCCCGCUUCUGUGCUUGCCCCUGCCGCCAUUGCUGCUAUGACAGUUGGUGUCAGUGGUGGAAAGGGGAAGGGCGGUGGGGUGAAGGAGGGGAGGAAGCUGGGCAAGCAAGGGGAGGGGAAGGCGAGAAAGGCGUCUCCGCUAAGCUGGCUCAAGGCGUCUCUCGGCCACUCGCCAUCGCCUCAGCAGCAGCAGGAGGAAAAGGAGGAAGAGGAGGAGGAAGAGGAGGAGGAAGAGGAGGAGGAGGAAAAGGAUGAUGAGGCGGAGGAAGGGGAGGAGGGGGAGGCAAGUACGGGAGGUAUGGGAGUGAAAGGGGAGAGGAGUGAGAGGGCGAGGGAUCGGUCCGUGUCUCCCCAUGGUGGGCUCCUGCCCCACCUGCCACACUUCCAACGCAUAUGGGGUGGGGGUGGGGGAGGGGCAGGAGAGGCAGGAGCAGCGGGAGCAGGCGGAGGAGGGGAGGGAGGGGAAGGGAGAGGGGGGCGGGAAGGUGGAGGGACGUCUGAUGAUGUGGAUGUGAGUUUCUGCAGAAGCAGCACAGGGAGCACUGGCACGAGUGGUACGGGUCGCAGCACCACGCACACUGCGACCAUCAUUACCACCUCCACAUCCUCAUCCUCCUCCUCGUCGUCGUCGAGCUAUACUGUCAACCAGGCCAGUCACAUGGCGGCAGGCAGCGGCACGGCAGCAUGCAUGCGCAUGCACGUGCAUGGUAGCAGCAGCUAUAUGCAUUCAUCACAUUUCCACGGCUCCCACGUGUCUGUCGUCGCCCACCCACACGCCCACCCACACGCCCACUCACACGCCCACCGUGGUGCGUGCAACACCACCCACAGCGCCCAUCUCUCUGCCCCCUCUUUCGCUGCUGCCGCUGCCACCGCCUCCUUGUCGUCCUCCCCUCCCAGCACUCGAAUGCUCGCAAGCCUACUGAGCCCGCGCAUCGGAUCGGAACGAGCCAUGGGGCGCGACACGGCAGCAGGCAGUGGUGGCGGCGGUGGUGGUGGUGGUGGGGGGAGAGGAGCAGCGGCAGCAGCAGGGGAGGGUGAGAGGAGCAGCAGCAGCAGCAACAGCACGCAGGGCAAGGUGCCUCGCACGGUUUCGGCAGGUGGGGAUGCCCGCAGCAGUAACUGGGGCAGCGGCGUAAUGGCCAGUGGCCAUGGCAAUGGCAAUGGUGAUGCUGCUGCUGCUGCUGCUGCUGCUGCAGGGACACCAAAGAGCAGCACCAGUGGCGCAUGGGGAAUCAUGUCCUGGGGAAGAGGCGGGGGAGGGGACAGUGCCGCCACAGCAGGAGGCGCAGCAGCAGCAGGAGGAGGAGGAGGAGGAGGAGCGGGAGCAGGGGCAGGAGCAACAGCAGCAGCCGGAGGAGGAGGGGCAGCAGCAGCGGGGGGAGGUGGGGACAGUGGCCAUGAGCAGAGAGAGGAGAAGGCGAUCGUGUCCCCUGUGGCUGUGGUGUCAGGAGCAGACGGGGUGCUACGACUGGGGAACGGGCUUGAGGGGAAGAGAUGGGUGGACAUGCGGGACGUGCGGGGCCAUGGGGGAGACGCCAGGGCGGCCAAGACCCUGUCUGGACCGUUGGAUCGGCCUAGGAGGCGAGAGGGGGCUGGGGGGGAGAAGGACGACUGGUUCUGGUGAAGGGUUGGUGAGGGGUUGGGUCUGUGUGCCUGCUGCUUAGGGAGAGGGUGUGUGUGAAUGGCUGGUUAGGGGGAGAGUGUGUGUCGAUGCUCGUGUUUGAGUGUUGUGCAUGCAGAAGCACUGUGCAGACCGGCAUAUUCGCGUGUCUGUAGUGUGGAAGUGCAUGCGCUUGUGCGCGUGCAUGUCAUGUGCAUGCGUGUGUGCAUGCAUGUGUGCAUGUGGGUGCAUGAGCAUGCAUGCAUGCGUGCAUGUGCGUGUGUGUGCGUGCGUGCAGCUGUGUGCAUGAGCAUGCAUGCAUGCAUGCGUGCAUGUGUGUCUUCAUGUGCUUCUAUGUGAAUCCGGGAAUGGGUGGAUGGUAUCUAAUGCAGGAGUCAUGACCAUUUAAGGCAUGCCUUCACUUGAUUAGAAGUCUGUUAUGAUUUAAUUGGGGGUUUGAUGAUGAUUGCCCUCUUCGAUGCCAACAAUUUGCCAACAUUUUUUCUAUGGUUCCUUAUCUGGCCUAGACUAUGUCAUGCAGCAUCUUGUAGUAACAUUGGACGCACUUUGCACCGCCAUUUGGGCCUCAGAUUGCAGGCUUUUUACCCUGAUUCAGGGUAAAAUCAGGGCUUUUUUGGGGGGUGACCCUGAUGAGACAGG